CUCCGCGAACGGAUCCCACCUCAGCUACCCAACACCACCCAGCCACCUCUACACACCGUCGCAAUGGUCAAGCGCAAGGAACUCAAAGACAACGAUGUCAAGAUGUCGGGGACCGAUCCCCGCGUCGACGGCGACGAGUCCGACGAGGACAUGGACAUGGUCAACGUCGACUUCGAAUGGUUCGACCCCCAGCCCGUCGACUUCCACGGGUUGAAGAACCUCCUCCGUCAGCUCUUCGACACCGACGCCCAGACCUUCGACAUGUCGGCCCUCGCCGACCUGAUCCUCGCGCAGCCUCUGCUCGGCUCGACCGUGAAAGUCGACGGGAUGGAAUCGGACCCGUAUGCUUUUCUCACCGUGAUUAACCUCCAAGAACACAAGGACAAACCCGUAAUCAAAGACCUAAUAACCUACCUCCACCGCAAAGCCAGCGCGACCCCCACCCUCACCCCCCUCGCCCAACUCCUCACCCAAACCCCCAUCCCACCCAUCGGGCUAAUCCUCACCGAACGCCUAAUCAACAUGCCCGCCGAAGUCGUCCCCCCCAUGUACACCAUGCUGCAAGAAGAAAUCGCCUGGGCGAUCCAAGACAAAGAGCCGUACAAUUUCUCGCACUACCUGAUCGUGUCGAAGACGUACGAGGAAGUGGAAUCGAAGUUGGAUGCCGAGGAAUCUCGGCCGCAGAAGAAGAAGAAGAAGGCGGCUGGGGGGGAGAAGGCCGAGCGGUUCUUCUUUCAUCCCGAGGAUGAGGUGUUGGAGAAACAUGCGGUUUGUGUCGGGUCUGUGGAGUAUACGCAUAAGGCGGAUGAGGGGUUGUCGGAUUCGAAGCGCGCGUUUCAGGAGUUGGGGAUUCGGACGAUGGGGAGUUUGAUUCUUUUGGAGGCGGGGAGGUUGGAGGGCGCGGUUAAGGCGAUGGCGGAGUAUAUUCAGGGGUCGGCGGCAUGAGGUGGGUUGGAUGGUGGUUACGACGGUAUUGUUUAUUAUACUUGGUAUAGACUUAAAAGUUUGGGUUGGUUGCGGUCUAUUAUCAUUCUUAUGACUAUGAUCACUCUAUAGAAGUUUCAU